AUGACACGAAACAAGGAAUUCGAUAAAAUUCCUGGACCACCGGGAAUUUUCUUGCUUAACAACACUUUAGAACUUGUAAUGGAUCCAGGACCCAAAUGGCAUCAACGAAGAAAAUUACUAACUCCAGCUUUUCAUUUCAACGUUCUUACAAAUUUUAAAGGAGUCAUUGAAGACAAUUGUGAUAAGUUCGUUGAAAAUCUAAAAGCAGAAGCAAAUCAAACAAAAACGAGAAUUUUACCCUACAUAAAUGAGUUUGCUUUAAAUUCGAUAUGUGAAACUGCCAUGGGCACAAAACUGGAUGAAGAAUCUACGAACUUUGGGAAACUAUAUAAAGAUAGUAUAUAUAAGAUCGGACAAUAUGCAGUUUACCGGGCACAGAGGGUCUGGAUGUACCCAAGUUUUAUUUUCAAUUUGACUAAAAUUGGACGUAAACAAAAACAAAUACUUAACAAUCUCACUUCUUUUCGUAAUCGAGUUAUAGAAAAAAGACGAAAUCGUAAUGAUACCAUAAAUAUGCAUUUCGUCGAUGAAUUAAAUGCUGAUAACGAAGAAAAUGUUCAUUUAAAUGAGAAAAAGAAGAUGGCUAUGUUAGAUCUUCUGAUAAAGGCUGAGAAGGAUGGCGCAAUCGAUUCACAAGGAAUUGGUGAAGAAGUUGAUACAUUUAUGUUUGGAGGCCAUGAUACAUCAGCUAACGCUUUGCAGUUUACAAUGAUGCUUUUGGCUAACCAUCCAGAUGUACAGGAUAAAGUUGUAGAGGAAUGUGACCUGAUUUUUGGCUCAUCUGAUUGUUCUUUGACAAUGGCUGACUUAGCACAAAUGAAAUAUUUAGAAUGCUGUAUAAAAGAAAGCUUGAGAUUAUAUCCACCGUUACCAGUCAUCACUCGAAGGAAUAAUGAACCACUAAAAUUAGGGGACUAUGAAGUACCUGCAGGAACAGAGUGUGCCAUUUUGAUAUUUGAUCUUCACAGAAGAAUCGAUCAAUUCGUUGAGCCUCAAGAGUUUAGACCGGAAAGAUUUUUAGUAGAGCCUACUUGGCAUCCCUACGCGUACAUCCCCUUCAGUGCUGGACCAAGAAAUUGUAUAGGGCAAAAAUUUGCAAUGAUGGAGUUGAAAUUGGCCUUAUCAGCUGUGUUGCGUCGCUACCGGCUGCUGCCCGUCACCACACCGCAGGAUAUCAUUUUCGUUACUGAUUACGUGCUACGAGUCAGAGAUCCUAUUUAUGUGAAAUUAGAAAAACGAAAA